AUGAAGCAAGUCUCGCAGAUCAAUGACUUUUUUUGGGUCGCUAUCUAUCUGGUCUUUUUAUCUAUCUAUCUAUCUAUUCACUUUUCUUAUCUAUCUAUACGUCUUUCUUCAUCUAUGUAUUCGCUUUUCUUAUCCAUCCAUACGCCUUUCUUCAUGUAUCUAUAUACCAUUCUAUCUAUCUAUCUAUCUAUCUAUCUAUCUAUCUAUCUAUCUAUCUAUUUGCUUUUCUUAUCCAUCUAUACGUCGUUUUUAUCUAUCUCUCUAUUCGCUUUUCUUAUCUAUCUACAUGCCUUUCUUCAUCUAUCUAUCUAUCUAUCUAUCUAUCUAUCUAUCUAUCUAUCUAUUCACUUUUAUCUAACUAUACGUCUUUCUUCAUCUAUAUAUUCGCUUUUCUUAUCCAUCCAUACGACUUUCUUCAUCUAUCUAUCUAUCUAUCUAUCUAUCUAUCUAUUCGCAUUUCUUAUUCAUCGAUACGCCUUUAUCUAUCUAUCUAUUCAAUUUUCUUAUCGAUUAUACGCAUUUCUUCAUCUAUCUAUCUAUCUAUUCGCAUUUCUGAUUAAUCGAUACGCCUUUAUCUAUCUAUCUAUUCAAUUUUCUUAUCGAUCUAUACGCAUUUCUUUAUCUAUCUAUCUAUCUAUAUAUUCACUUUUCUUAUCCAUCUAUACGCCUUUCUUCAUGUAUCACUAUUUAUCUAUCUAUCUAUCUAUUAAGUCACUUUUCUUAUCUAUCAUAUACAAAUAA